UGAAUCUACUGAUGCCAAAAAUUUUCAAAAACGUGAAUAUAAAUUAGAUAGUAGAGAACGUGAACUUGAAUCUCAAUGCAAUGAGUUGCUUCUUAAAACUAAAUUUUUUGCUAAUAAAUGUUCCGAAUUUAGAAAUGCUAAAGCUCUUGCAGAAAAAAAAUUAAAUCGGUACAUUAAUGAUAAAAAUCAAAAUGACUUGAUUAAAAAACAACUCAAAGAAGAAAUUAAAGAGUUGAAAAGCAAAAAUACCAACCUUACUGAGUAUAAAGCCAAGUAUUAUA